CACAACGAUCAGUCAUUCCAGUACUACAACUCUAAUAACUGACGACGCAUAAAAAGCAAGAGACGAAGCUGGAUCAUUUGUAGUGUCGCUACGCACACGCACGCUUGUUCUCGGCUCAGCCGAAUAACGCUUCAUUUCAAUUUUCAAAAGUCUUCGGACGUUCGUUUCCUUACUGCUCAAUUCCGACAAGUCAACGACGGUCUGAGGGGGCUACUGACGUUCUCUCCUUUUCACUUUACUAACGCAGUGUUUUGGUUUAAUAUCCGAGUGAUCUAAUAACUGCGUAGGUAUAGGACAUUGGAAAAGUUGCGAGGAACAACCCGAACGUUAACGUUCGCACACGUUCACCGCCAUGAAGGGGACCUUAUUUAUUUUUAUCAGCGCUCUUCUAGCUGUAACUACUGCUAGGGUAUUAAUCAAUAUUGAUGGUCAAGAUACACCACAUUUACUAGGAUCCAAAGCUUGUACAUGGGGACCAUCAUAUUGGUGCCAAAACCUAACAACUGCAGCUGGAUGCAAGGCUACAAAACACUGUAUACCCAAUGUUUGGGAAAAAAUGCAAGUUCCAGAUGAUCAAGAUAGUGUCUGCACAAUUUGUAAAGACAUGGUACAACAGGCACGUGAUCAAUUAGAAAGUAAUCAAACUCAAGAAGAUUUGAAAGCUGUAUUUGAAGGAAGUUGUGCCUUAAUAUAUAUUCAACCAAUUGUCAAAGAAUGUGAUAAAUUGGUGGAUCAGUUUAUUCCAGAAUUAGUAGAAACUCUGGCAUCUCAAAUGAAUCCUUCAGUGGUUUGCUCUGUUGCUGGACUUUGCAAUUCUGCUCAUAUCGAUAAACUUUUAGAAUCAUAUAAAAAGGAGUCCCCCCUUAAGCCCAAUGAUGUACUUAUUCCUAUUGGUCAUGAUGAAUAUACACCAGAUGAAUGCACAAAAUGUUAUACAAUUGCACAUCAUAUGGAGCACAAGUUUGGCCAGUCCUCGCGAGAUGAAGUUUUAGACAGGCUACUAAAUAUUUGUGGACAAUUCAGUUCUUUCUCUGAUGCUUGUUCAUCAAUUAUUUUGACUCAUUUUGAGACAAUUUUUUCUCAUCUUCAGAAAAACUUGAAUGCUAAUAAUGUUUGCCAUCUUUCUGGUCAAUGUUCUGGCAAAUUCCACAUCCAUGGAGAUGACAUUGAGAAGACUCCUGAUGUUGAGAUUCGACCUCUAUCUAGUGUAGGUAAUGUUGAUAUUGGUGAUGAUUUACCAUGCAAACUGUGUGAACAACUUGUUGUACAUUUGAGAGAUCUUUUGGUUGCUAAUACAACUGAAGCUGAAUUUGAGAAAGUUCUUGAAGGACUUUGUGGACAAACAAAAUCAUUUUCAUCUGAAUGCAAGGCAAUUGUAGAUGAAUACUAUCCUGUAAUUUAUUCAUAUCUGACGAAAAGUUUGAAUGGUAAUUUAAUUUGUCAAAUGGGUGGAAUCUGUCCAGCUCCUGCAAAAUCCAAUCAACCAUUAUGGCCUUUAUUACCAGAAAAUAAUGCCAGAAUAGCUUCAAGGAUUUUCAAGGAUACCCAAUCAAAUAUUGAAACACGAGAGACUGAAGAAUUACAGUUACCAUUGGAAAGAAUGUCUGUACCCUUAAGUUUUUCUGUAAUUGAUGAUACAUACUGUCCCAGUUGUGAGUUUGUCAUGAAUUUCAUAAAACAAAAUGUCAGAAAUCUCCAAGAUGCUGAGGAGGUGAGAGUUGUGCUAAAGGAAAUAAAAACAAAUUUACCUGCAAUUAAAAGUGGAUCUGAAGAUAACUUUUUAACUAAAUAUGAGGAAGCGAUUGCUGAACUCAUUCGGGAGAAAAAAAGUCUAUCAGAGAUUUGUUCGCUUGUUGCUGUAUGUCCUAGCAGUCAAAUGAUUGAAACAUGGAAACAAAUACCUGAAAAAUUAACAGAAAAAUCACAAGUUAAGGACAAACCUAGUUGUCCUCUUUGUUUGUUUGCAGUCACAAAGUUAUAUGAUAUGAUAAAAGAUGAAAAAACAGAGGAAAGCAUUGAAGCUGCUCUGGAUAAAGUUUGUCAUGAACUACCUAAAAGUUUAAGUAAUCAAUGCGUUGAUUUAGUAAAAAUUUACAGCAAAGAGUUAAUUCAACUACUACUCAGUGAUAUGUCACCCCAAGAAGUUUGCACUUCACUGAAAUUAUGUGAUCCACCAAAUGUAGUAAUCAAACCUAAAUUACCAUUUGGUGAAAGAGUUAUUGCAGUCCCAAAGAACGACUUGGAAGGAAAACAAAUGUGUGCAUUGUGUGAAUAUGUGCUGCAUUAUAUUCAAGAAGCUGUUACUGAUCCAAAAGCUGAGGAUGAUAUAAAAAAUGUUGUUGGUCGCGUAUGCAAGAAAUUACCAAAUUCUAUUCAAAGUGAAUGCAACCAAUUUGUGGAUACCUAUGGCGACGCGCUAGUAGCUAUUCUUGCUCAAGAAAUUGAUCCAGCUGAGGUUUGUCCAAUGAUUCAUUUAUGUCCAUCUCAACAAUUAUUGGAGUCAUGGAAACAGAUACCUAAAGAACAUGUUAUCGAACAUCCAAAAGAAGAUAAACCAAACUGUCCUCUUUGUCUUUUUGGCGUUACACAGCUGUACAACGUUAUUAAAGAUAACAAAACCGAGGAAUCUAUAGAAUCUGCUUUGGACAAAUUAUGUGUUCAUUUACCUAAUAGUUUGAUUGACCAAUGUGAAUCUAUGGUGAAAACUUAUAGUAAACAAAUCAUUGAAAUGAUUUUAGCAGAUUUGACGCCUCAAGAAGUUUGUGUUUAUCUUAAAUUAUGUGAUGAUAAUAAAGAGGAAGAGACUUUAAUCAGUUUCAUCCCAAUUGAUCAGAACGGUGAAAUAAUGUCAAAUGAAAUUCCCAUGGGACCCACGUAUGUAGUAAGUGUACCAGAUGAACCUGAAGUUUCUUCAAAUACAGAAUGUGUAGUUUGUGAAUUUGUUAUGCAAUAUCUUGAAAAAGCUAUGAAUUCCAAAAAAUCGAAAGAUGAAAUUGAACAAAUGUUCCAUGGUGUAUGUAAUCAUCUUCCAAGACACAUGUCGGAAAAGUGCAAUACCUUCGUCACCGAAUAUGCUGAAGUGGUUAUUGAACUUUUAACUCAAGAAGUUAGCCCUAAAGAAAUUUGUACGAUUAUUGAUCUGUGCAAAUCCGAUACAACAAAAUUAAAAGAAUCUGUUUCAGAAUGUGCUUUGUGUCAAAGCAUAAUCGCAAAUAUUGAAAAACUAUUAGUUAAUUCAAAGGCGAACGAAAAUAUUCACAAAAUCGUGACCUCAGUUUGCAAGUAUCUUCCAACUUCAGAACAAGAUAAAUGCAUGAUGUUCAUGAAGAAUUACGAUCAAACAAUCAUUGAUGCAAUAAAAACUCAUGGAAAUACACAAAAAAUCUGCAGUAACUUAUCAUUAUGCUCGUCAUAUGAUUUUUUAGUUAAACUAAGUAUUAGCAGCAGAGCAAAGCGACAAACUAAUGAUAAAAAUCUUGGAACGAAACCUUGUACUUGGGGAAUUUCUUAUUGGUGCGUUGAUGAUAAGACUGCUGAAGAAUGCAAGGCUACUGAACUUUGUAUAAAAAAGGGCCACCUAUCUGAUUCUGCUGCAGCUUCAUCCAAAUCUUCAACUGAAACUCACAAUAGUGAACCAACAAUGAAACAAACUUCAACUUAAAAUUUGGAGACAUUUUUCUUUUCAAAUUGAAAUGUUAUUAUUAAAAUCAUACACUUACUUUUUUUUAUUUUUGUUAAUGCGUCA